CAAAGCAAGAUGGCGGCCGUGGUAGAAAGAGUUGAUGGAUGUGUUGGGUCCUUGGACUCAGAUAUCGUGUCACUAAGACAUACACCCCCUCCAUCGGACCAGCAGCACCAGAACAACCCUCUGCUGGGCCUGCCCAUCGUGGCCAUCGAGACCAUCCUCAACUUCCUGUCCUACGAUGAGAUCAGCCUGCUGCGCUCGGUAUGCAAGCGUAUGGACAUGAUUUGCCAGCGUGUCCUGAAUCAGGGAUUCCUGAAGGUGGAGCGUUACCACAGCCUGUGCCAGAGGCAAGUCAAAGCCCAGCUGCCCAGGAGAGAGUCAGAGAGGAGAAACCACUCCCUGGCCCGUCAUGCUGACAUCCUGGCUGCUGUGGAAACCCGCCUUUCACUACUCAACAUGACCUUCAUGAAAUAUGUGGACUCCAACCUGUGUUGCUUCAUCCCUGGAAAGGUUAUAGAUGAGAUUUACCGCGUGUUGCGCUAUGUGAACUCUACCCGAGCACCUCAGCGAGCUCAUGAGGUCCUGCAGGAGUUGAGGGACAUCUCCUCCAUGGCCAUGGAGUACUUCGAUGAGAAGAUCGUCCCCAUUCUGAAGAAGAAACUGCCGGGAGCCGAUCUGUCUGGUCGCCUCAUUGGCUCUGCACCAGUGGCAGGUCCAUCUACCUCUUUGACCACCAUGUCCUUGCUGGCUAAGAACACACCUUCCCGCUCUGAGAUGACCAAGGUGCAGCAGCAGGUGAAAGUGAACGGGGCAUCGAUGACGGUACUGCGGAGGGAGAUGCAGGAAAUUCGGGUCAAGCAGCUGGAGCAGCAGAAGCAGCUGCAGGACCAGGAGCAGAAGCUGCAGGAACAGAGCCAGGUGAUCGCUGAGCAGAACGCCCGCCUCGCAGAGCUGGAACACAAGCUCCGUGAACUGAUGGAGAGUAGCGCUGCUGCUAUCGGAGGACCCAGGCCCAACACAACUGUCCCCUCCACGUCCAGCAGCUCUGCUGUGUCUUUCACUGCUGCCAGCACAUCUGCUGCUGUCUUGACAGGCGUGGCUGCAGCCUCACCCAGGGAGACAGAGGGUGAGGUAGGGUCUUCGCUAAAACGCACCAGAAAAAGCUCAGACCUUCCACGACAAUCCAAACGGCUGCGCAGCAAGAAAUGAGAAACUCAGUGUGUCAUUUAGCUCAAGUUAUUUUGAUUUUUAAGGUCUGACUGAUCACAUCUUAAACCCAGUGCCCAGAGUCAUCAGCCACUCCACCAACACACUUCCUGUAUACUGUCUCACACACAGCGCUGACACCACCUGCUGCGGUGUGGAAUAAUGCUCUGCUGUCCACAACCAAAACACUGAACCCUGAAUGUCAUCCAGGACUUUGCACAUGGUUAGGUUUGUCGUUGCAGAACUGUUAAUGUCUGAUUUUCCUUUUGUUAAAGACUCGCCUAAAUAAUACAUUACUCUGUAAACGCGUCACUAGUUUAUAGUUUCACCUUCAAAAAGGUCCCGUUCUCAGCUACUCUGCGUUGUAGUUUCUACUUUGAGCAGUGGAUUACUCCACAUGUGGCGGUGUAGUGAGUACCAUUUCAGGCAGUGGACUGAGUCAGACUACAGUGUGACCUAGGGUGGCAGAGUGACUUGCUGAUGAUUUAUCACUACCUGCAUGAUAAUGUAACUCUAUAGAAGACAUUAGGCUUUGGCUACACAAUGUUUUUUCUUAUGCUCCAUUCAUCAGUGUCCUGGUUCUGCACAUAGGAUUUGUUGGCAAGUCCUUGCAAGGCUUCUGAACCACGUAAAUCAAUAAGGGUAUAGGUGGGUGGUUGGCUAUUUGCCUCUAAAAAGGUUGUUUAUUAAAGGUUUCAUUGAAAUGACUGUACUCUCAAAUGAAGAUGCUUAUAUUUGCAGCCUUAUAUUUGGAGUCUUGUUAACAGAAGUCACCUUGCACAUGUGAUUUAAUGCAUUUCCUGUUUGUUAAGAAAAUGUUCAUAUUUGUCAUUUUGGGAACAUAAACUACUAAAGGAUAUCAAAUGAAAAUAGGAAAUGUGACGCUCCUGGAACAGCCUAACUGCGGUUGCAUGUUGUUAGUAGUUAGUGAUCUUCACAGGGGUCUAAAUCAGUUGCAACAGCUUCUUUCUAAGUUUGGCUAAGUGCAAUAUGAAUCGAUGAAAUAGUCAGUGAUUUAUUUCUUUUUAGUAGCUCGCUUUUUCUUUUUCAAGAGCUGCUGCUCAGAUGAGUUUAUUUUGAUGAAUUCUUGAAUCUUCAUGAAAAGGACGGCUGGAAGGAGGAGAAGGCUCUGUCAUGUAUCAGCUCUUUGGGGGGGAAUAUGUACAUCAGUUUGUGUCUCCACUCUUUACAGAAGCAGCGGUGAGCACAGGAGCCAUGCUGUGCUGAAUAUGAAAGCAGUCGUGCGUUUGAAGCCCCCCAUGUCCAUAUUUGGCUGUUAUAUGAUGCAUUACUGUAUGAGCUGUGCUGAGGAUAAAAAUACUAUAAAACUGACCUUGAUGGCAAACUGGUGUUUUGCAUCUGUUCUCUGAAUAACGUGAGAAGCCUGAUAUGAUCUUCAAACAUUCUGCAUAUUCACUAUACACAAUAUGUACUCCAGUACAGGUCUUUUUUUUUUCCUUGGGGGGGUUUCAUUGUGUAGUCUGUCCUGACUGCACAAACUGGAGACACACAAGGCCUAACUUUGGCAGGCUUGCAAAAUACUUUUAUUACUUUCACUUUGCUAACAGUCUGAAAACUGAGACGACCUUGAAUUAAGUACUUUAACUCAAUAAAUGUAACCUGGUGUCACUUGCUGGCUUUUAUCGACAUUUUCAGCCACAUGUCGCUUGAUACAACAUUUGGCCAACCUCGUCUGCUGAUGAAGAUCUGAAGGUUUUAGUCCGUUUCUGAGGUCCAAAAUGAGCCAAAUGAAUACAAUGAUCAGUUGUUUGCUUCUUAUACUUUUUUGAGCUUUUAAGAUUUCUGGGAUGUCGUUGUCAGAUCAUGUAAACACUCCUCCAGUAUUGAAUUGCAAAUAUAGAUUCCCUGCUGACUCAUACUGGGCUUUUCCCCAGCUUAGGACUUGUAGUACUUCAGUGAACUCAGAGAAAAACACAAGUGUAGAAGUACAUGUGGGGGGAAAAAGAAGGAAGGAAAAAAAAAACCCCAAAACAAAAUUGCAUUUCAAAGGUCACUUCUAAAACUUGCAGGUUUUUCUCACUUUGUCCCAAAUGCCAGCUGAUUUUUGUUUUCUCCUAAUGUUUUGAAACUCUUCCUGAGACUUCUGCCUCCACCUGAAAAAGACGAGGGAAGUGAACCUGUUUCUUGGACUUUUUUGCACAAAUAGAUGGUGGCAGUGGGAACCGAUUAACGUUAGACUCUGCCUGCUUCCUUCUCUGUACAAACUUGUUUUGUUGCCUUGUGGCUGCACUUGUGUUUUCCUUGUUCCAAGUGUUUCUGUUCUUUGGAUGACCUGAACUAACACAUGGCACGUUCAUUUGGUAAAGACAUUUUGGAAAUGCAUCUCACGUGUCUAUUAUGAAGACACAAGGCAACAAAGCACAAGAAGAUAUAAUCUGGUGGUUCCAUCUGAGACUGCGUCUCAGUCUAGAAAACGUUACUGUAUUCUUCAUGUAUUUUAAAGUGCAGAUUGUGAAUUAUUUCAUGUACGUAUGCCAAGAAAACUAUCUUUUGAGUUGGCCGAGUUGGGGCUAAUUGUACAGUCUUGUUGCACACAUUACUGUUACUGAUGUACAAAUCAAACCUAUUAAAA